GGUGUACUGCGAGGCUACAGCUAGUGUUCCACUCUCACUCACCUCUGCCCCUGGUGGAACACACUCUAGAGAAGUUGAGCCGCGAGGCAGAAGUUUGCCCAAAGUCCCGAGCCAACUGUGGGCACUGCGGGUUCGCUUCCUAGGCUGGGAUUAUUGAAUAGCCCCCGCUUUUCCCGUGAAAGAUCCACUGGCCAAAAGGGAGAGAUAGAGGUGCCUCUACUGAGGUGCAGAACGCACAAAGAAGUGAAGAAGGCCGUGCGCCCCUCUGACCUCCCCCCACCCUGGCCGCCUCUCCCAAAGUGAUGAGUUUUGGAAGUGGCAGGGGCGUGGCAUUGGCCGGCCAGGGCUACUCGCUUGGUGGGGGUAGCCAUGCCCGGUCACGCAUUAGGAUAGCAGAGAUGGCCGAGGAGGAGGAGAAGCCGGCUUCUCCUGGCUUGGGGCUUGAACGUUAAGUUUACAUCACACUUCUUAAAGAAAAGAAAAAAGAAAAACUAAAAGAGAUAAACAAAACAAAACAACAACAAAAAAAAGCCAAGUCCAGCCUCGCCUUAGCCUGGCUUCUUGUCCCAGUGGCCUUAGCCCCCCACCCCUGGGCUGAGGAGAGGGGGCAGCACGCUUCAGGUUGGCCUGCCGCGGUCGGAGCUGUUGGCUUAACCAGGCUGAUUGCUGUAUGCUGAACUUGGCCAUUUUAGUAGGAACUACUGGGGUUCAAGAUUCUCAAGGACUGACAAAUGAAGCAUACUCAAGGGAAAGCCCCAAGGGUACAAGGUAUUGACAAGGUAUGAAGUGCUGGAGUGAUCUAACCAAAUGAAAAGUUUUCUGGGACAUGAAGAAGACAUCUGGUUAGGAAUCUGAAGCAAUGGGUGACUGGAGCUUUCUGGGGAGAUUAUUAGAGAAUGCGCAAGAACACUCUACCGUGAUUGGCAAAGUUUGGCUGACUGUUCUGUUCAUCUUCAGAAUCCUGGUGCUAGGUGCCGCCGCAGAAGAAGUCUGGGGAGAUGAACAGUCCGAUUUUACGUGUAACACUCAGCAACCAGGUUGUGAGAAUGUCUGCUAUGACAAGGCUUUUCCUAUUUCCCACAUCCGCUUCUGGGUCCUGCAGAUCAUUUUCGUAUCUACCCCCACCCUCAUUUAUCUGGGCCAUGUGCUGCACAUUGUACGCAUGGAGGAAAAAAAGAAGGAAAAAGAAGAUCUCCUUAAGAAAGACAACCUGCACCAGGGGGUAGAGCUCAGUGGCCCCAACAGCCAUCGAGAACCGCUCAGCAAAAAGGAGAGCGCCAGGAUGGAAAAGAAAGAGAGACCCCCAAUCCGAGAUGAUCGAGGCAAAGUCCGGAUAGCUGGUGCCCUGCUCCGCACCUACGUCUUUAACAUCAUCUUCAAGACUCUGUUUGAAGUGGGCUUCAUUGUGGGGCAAUAUUUCCUCUACGGGUUUGAGUUAAAGCCACUCUACCGAUGUGACCGCUGGCCCUGCCCCAACACAGUGGAUUGCUUUAUCUCCAGACCCACAGAAAAGACCAUAUUCAUUAUUUUCAUGUUAGUGGUGGCUUGUGUGUCUCUCUUGCUCAACAUGCUGGAGAUCUAUCACCUGGGCUGGAAAAAGCUUAAACAGGGUAUGACCAACCAUUACAAUAGCCCAGAUUCUCCAGAAGCCAAAGUCCUGCCCUCCAAAUGUAGUAGCAUUGGCCCACUUCUGCUCUCUCCCCAUUCUGCCCCUCCUGCCGUUGGAUUCCCACCAUACUAUACUCAGUCUGCCUCUUCCCUAGGACAGGCAACCACUACAGGUUAUCCUGGGGCUCCUCCACAACCCACAGAAUUCAGAAUGGUAACCCUCCCUGAGGAGCGCAGUAAGGCAGCCCCAGCCAAAUAUUAUGGUGGCAACCACCACCACAUCUUAAUGACUGAGCAGAACUGGGCCAACCAGGAGGCAGAGCAACAGACUUUUGAAAGGAAGUCUUCCCCAAGCAAUACCACCCCUGGCACUCCCACCACCCCAAGCAGUGUUCGGCAGCUCCUCCAAGAGCGAGGAGACAGUGGUGGGGGGAGCAAAGUGCCCUUGCUGGUGAUUAAUGGGAGCAGCAGCAGUUUAGGGGCCACUAAAUCAGAGGUAACCUCUGAAGGGGAGAAACAGCCAGGUACCACCACAGUUGAGAUGCAUGCACCGCCAUUGCUUCUCGUUGAUUCAAGACGGUUAAGCAAGGCUAGCAAGGCUAGCAGUGGCAGAGCUCGAUCGGAUGACUUAGCCAUCUAAUUCUCUCUCUCUCUCUCUCUCUCUCUCUCUCUCUCUCUCUCUCUCUCUCUCUCUCUCUCUCUCUCUCUCUCUCUCUCUCUCUCUCUCUCUCUCUCUCUCUCCCCACACACACACACACACACACUCAUCUCUGAAAAGAGUUUUAAAGUAACCUUUCUUCUUGGAAAAUUUAAAACAAAAUUCACAGUUGAAUCAACAAGACCCAGAAGAAAGCCAGGUCCUAGGAUGGGAGGAGAAAUAAGAUAAAGAAGAGGAGACUAGGUUUCCUUAUGUUAAUAAUACCCACUGUUCUUAAUAUACUGUGAGUUGUAGAGGACAUAAAGGCAACAUUUUCUGGCAGAAUGAAAGUAGCCAGUGAGAUCUGAUUGUUAGUCCCAAAGGUGUCCAAUCCCUUGUAACCUGAGCAGGAUUUACAAAUUAGUUUGUGCACUGCCUACAGAUUCCUCUUAUUAAGCAUUUGUAUAGUGUUCUGUGCCAGCCACUGUGCUAAAUGCUUUACAGAUAUUAUCUCAGUGGAUUCUCCCAACAACCCCAAGAGGUCGGUGCUAUCAUCCUCAUUUUACAGUUGAGGAAAUUUUGAGGCAAACAGAGGUUAAGUGACUUGCCCAGGAUCACACAGCUAGGAAGAAGCAUCUGAAGUCAUAUUUGAAAUCAGGUCUUCCUGACUCCAGGCCCUGCUCUCUAUACACAAUGUCAUCUAGCUGAGAUCCCAUCCAAAGGCCAUGUAUUCCUAAGCUAGACAAAACCUCUCUAGUGAGUGUAGUAAGUCAGUGGACAUACUCAAUUCCAUCCUUAUUUGGUACUCUUAACCUAUGAGUGCAUUUGCUUUUGAGUGACCUGGUCUAAAAAAUAUUUAAGUGGCAUGCAGAUGGUUCUUUUUUUAAGGGGGAGGUGGGUUUUUUGUUGUUUCUUUUUAUUAUUUUUUUUAGAAACAAGCAAUGACAUUUACACUUCUGAAUCUGCAGGGAGAGGCACAGGAAACUUUCAUAUCAUAUGUUAUAAUAUAAUGAUAUUAUAUAAUAAAAAGUAUACUGAUUCUCCAGGGACAAGAGUGAGAAUUCCAGGGUGUGCUGCAGAUCAAUUCUCAAUGGGUAAAUUGAAGGAAAAGUGUGUCUGGAAUGCUUUAAGAAUUUCUCUUUUCAGUGUCCCAUUUUAGACUUGAGUCUCUUAAAGGACAAGUGUACCAUUCAUUCUUCAACCUUCAGUCUUUUUGCAAAAAAGAGUAGUCUUAGAAAUUAAGAUAAUUUGGCUAGUAUUAAAUUGUCCCGAUUAGAUAGAGGUAAAUAUUUGGCCUUUUCUUUUUAAAAGAAGUCUGCAAUUUCAUCAGUCUCUUGAAUGCUAUUAGGGAAGAGGAAAACACCUUUGAGAUGCUAGCCAUCUUUUGCUUCUUACCAUAAAUAUAAAAUUACAAUAUAUUCAACUUCCUAAUUUUAAUAUAAGCAUAAAUAUAACAAUUAUUUGAUUAUACAUCAAAGGAAUCUCUACUGACCAGGAUAUCAUUAAUGGGUAUAAAUUGUCCCAAUUCUUCCUUCUUCAUACCUCUUUAAUAAAGAUAAAUUCUAAUUCAUCAUUUUCUAUGUAUUUAGAAAAAUAGUUGAUUGACAUAAUGAAUUUUUUAGGCUCUAGAGUAAUACAGUCAUCAUGAAUUAGCUGCCAGAAAGUGGCUAUGCUCUGCCUGAUCCUGUUUACGUUUUCCACUUCUAGCUUCUGUGGAUUGGGACCCGCUAUUUUUUCAACUUUCAGACCACCACCAGCAACCCUGGCCCCUUAGCUAGACUGCAUAUCCUUUUAUGGAAUUCAUCGCUUUUUAAAUUUUGGAAAUUAACUUAAAUUUAUACAAGGCCAUGUUCCCUUCUCUAAUAUGUUUUGAAAUCUGAUAAUGAGCAAAAAGCUAUAACUUUGUACGCUACCGAAAAGGACCUUUCCUGUCCUAAGCUUAAAUGGUACACUCAAUCUUAUGGAGAGUUCAAAUGGGAUAGAAGACGAGUGAGUCCAUUAUUGAUCAUCUAAUUUUAGAAAAAGCAACCAACUUUUCAGCAUAGACGGAUGCCCUUGGACCACCUUCAUUUUAAAAGCAUCUUAGUUUGGAAAAGGUUGUAGUCCGUGUGCCAAAAUCAAAGCUACAACUCACAAGGCUGUGGCUGAACACGUGCCUCAGGAACUUACACCAUGACAACACCUCUAACAAAUUUUUCACUUCUUGGUUACCCACCAUUUGAUUUUGAGGAGGGGGAGGGGGAGGAUUGAUUAUAGUUUUAAUUUUUAAAUUUUUGAAAAUUUAUCUUUAUACAUAAUGGGUAACAUGUAUAUGGUUAUCCUUCUAUGAUGCAAUUGCAUUUAGAAUAGCUUGAGCCUCUUCUCCCUAGUACAUGGGCAGAGAUUUAGUUUGUUUGAAGGGAUUUGUGUGAAAUACCCAUUUUAAAUGUAAAUUGGAUUAAAUUUGCUUCCUUCAGUAGUAUUAGGAACAAUUAAGGAGCCAAGAAGUAAUGAAAUUUUGUGAGGUAGAGCAGCAUCUGUGGAAGGAGGUAUUUGUUAGUUUACAGAUGAAUUUAUUGGUCACGCCAUUCUUUUUAAAAAGUGAAAAAUGACAUUUCUUACUUGAGUUACACUGCUGUUUGAGGUAUUAGGGUUUUUGAAACCAAAAGGUCAGGCUUCUCUGCCCGUUGGGGGUAGAUGAGUGGUGUGGAAGGUUGCUCUCUUUUAAUAAAUUAUUUUAAGUAUUAAAAUAUGCAAUGAAAAAUUAGACAGGUACAUAAUAUGGACAAGGCAUAUUUCAUCCUAUACGUUUCACAUUCAUUUAAAUGAUCUACUGAUGUUUAUCAACCUAAUUUAUGGUUUAAUCAGAAAUUUUAGGGCAUGGGGCUUUUUUUCCCCAUUUCACUAAAGUUGUCUAAAAAAUUGAAAUGAUUAGUCGAAUGUACUUGUGUACUUUUAAUGAGAAGUAUAAGAUAUUUCUAUUCUUCUUUAUCAGUGGAUCAGAAACCCACUCCUAUAAUUUUUAAUGUUGGAUUAUUUAAGUUCUAUAGGAUGUUUUCAACCUUAGGAAGAUCCAAAUGCAAAAGUUCUCUUUUCCGUUGCAAGUCUGUAGGAUUUCUUAUAAAAUCUUACCUUUAUUUCUUCCUUGUUCCUUUGGGGACUGUGUAUUUUUAAUGUUUUUAAAGUGUAAUUCAUCAUUUUUUCCCCAUGCUUAAUGGCUAAAAUAAGCUUUUGAACUCUUGUGGCAUUGAGUCCUGAAAAUAAUGUAAUAUAUUGAAAGAGAACAGUAUUUUUUUGACAUAGAAUCAGAGAAUCAAUACUGAGUUGUCACUUAUUAAAUGUUCUGAUAUUAUGCUUUCCCAUCAUACUUUGUUGUGUGUCAGAACCUGAGAGUAGAGCCAAUGAAAUAAUUCCAAAAGUUCUUUUUAAAAAAAGCUAAUUUUCAAACCAAUCAGCAAAAUCCCUAACACAAUCAAAUAUAUUUAUAACUUUGGUAUUACAACUUUUACAUUCAGUUUUCUAUUUUAUAUUGCACUUUUAAAUGAACUACAUGAUACCUGACCCUCACUUUGGUUUAUUUAAAUACUAAGGGACUCUAACAAGACAUUUGUGCCCCCCCCCCGAAAGGAAUGCCUUAACAAAGGAAGUCUUCCAAUAUGCUGAGUGCCAUUUAAAGAAAGCUAAUUUCACAUAAAUAUUAUCUUUUUGCUACUGUGUUUUCACAUGCUUACAACAUCAAGGGCAACAUACUCAAGCAUUCAAAUUUAGAAAAUGUUGAACUAUUCUUCAAAUAUAGUGAUAAAAAUGCUUUUAUUCCAUUCUUUUGCAUUUAUUUGGAUAUGAGUGGUAGCUGGGUCAGUUACCAUUCAGUAUGAUUAUUUCACAAAUUCUUCCCCCAACCUUCCCCCCCCAAAAUACUCACAAAGAGUACUACACAAUUACCUUACUGGAAAAAAAAUAUUUUUGCAAAAGGCAAUGCAAAUUUUUUCCCAAGGAUCUAAACAAGUAAAAAAAAUGCAUAACUAUAAUAAAAGUAAACAUUUAUUUCAAGCUCAGGAGAUACAUUUAUGUUGUUCAUUAUACAAUCUCUCUGACACCCAAAGGUUGUGCUGGCUUACUCGGAAGUUUCUUGUUACCCAAAGGCUGUUUGUCUUCUACAUGACUGAUCCUCAUGACAAAGAGUGUUCUGGGCAGUGAGAGAUUUACAAGCAGCAAAUCACUAACAGUAGGCUGCCUUUGAAGGAGUUGCCUCAUGUGUACAAUUCUUUAGGAAUCAGUUGAUGUCAAUGUUCAUUUACCUCAAAUGUUUACAAAACUGUUACUAAAUAAACUUUUUGUACCAUAAUGUUGUCUCUCCUAGAUUAUGUUGUGAUCAUAACUGUAACUGACAUCUAUCCUGAAUUUCCUUUAAAAAAAUAACAGUAAUCAAAAAGUAAAAAACUAGUUCAGUUAC